AGUCCUCAAGUGGAACACCGAACCACGCGCGCUGUUGGAACCAAGCUGCUCUAACCUGCUGCUGCUGCUGGUUCGAAAGCAACUUUUUCCAUUCUCCUUUCCUAUCAAGCUAAAGAUUUCUGUCUCUUCAAGUCGGUCGGUCUGCACUAAACUUCGGUUCAGUCGACACGUUUUUCAGCAGUGACACAAGAACAGAGGACGGUGAUUUCCGUAAACUAAUUGUUACUGAUGAUAUAAACGUGGAAGAGCGUACAAUCAUCAUAUGUGAACUAAGACAAUACAGUACAGUGAAUUAACCGGUAAGUGUUCUGAUAUUCUGGUGAACAGUGAAUUGUGAGUGUUAUGUGACAAGAAAAAUGUUAAAUUUCAACACGGAGAAUACGUUAAAGAAUUUUCUGUAUGCAAUUAUUACAGUGCUAUAAGUUAACGAUAAUAUCUAUGCAAUACAGUGGGUUGUAAUUAUCAUUAUCUGCUCUGAUAGCUUUAUCGGUUCCCAAGUUCAGUGUUUAUCUAAUGCGCAGAUGGUCGUCAGCGUGGAUACGUAUUCGGAGUGACACUGCAGCGAGACAUGAUUAGCGGAAUGUUUUAAAAGUGUUUUUCUAACUGUUCUAUAAGGUUCUACAGAUAUAUUCUCUAUGUGGGACGGUAAUUCUAAAGAAGUUAAGAUGGAUGUCGCUGAUAGGUCGAGUACUCCUCCUCCCCCUCUCCCUCCCAAGACACGCAAGAACAUUAACAGCAGUAGUAUAAUUGCAACUAACCAUGUUAUAGCGACACGGGUAACGUCUUCUCCAGCAAAAACAACGGUAUUUCGCGAAGUACCGAGUGGAGACAAUUCUGUAACACCACCUCCACAGUCCUCUCAACAUGAUAAUCUCAGCUUCAGCUUCCCAGAGGUACGAUCGCUGACACUACUCUCCGGACAGCCAAGAACUGAGUCUUCUUCUACUUCACCUCACAGUAUCACGAACAGUGAACAUCACGUGGUCAAGAUUCGUAUCAAUCCAGGAGACGAUGCAAUCACAGGCACUACACAAUAUCCGCCAAACUUACAGCAAUACCCGUCGCUCUGUGGUAAACAUCCAGCCUCGAAUUUAAACAAAACUGAGCCGCAGUCACUCAACUUCCAUCCAUCUCACUACACGUCUACACCUGCAGAAGGAUACAUCAGGAUUAACGUAAGCAGUAGUGACGUUGAACAUCAACAACAACACGAGGAGAUGGUCCGUCGCUCCACAACGUCCAUUCCAGGAAAUCUGAUAAAAUCUUCUCCUCAGGAACGUGCCAAUCCAUAUUUCUUUUAUGGAUCAUUCUCUUCAAAUGGGAUGGUGAUUUCUAGUGGUCAGUCCUCACCAAGUGAUACACUGGACAGUGGUACUUGCAGCGACCUUGAUGGGAGUACACCUCCACCACUGCCGAAGAAGAAAUCUGUAACGCCUACAAUAGCCACAGUUACUGUCACUGUCAACGGGGGUGGACAUCGGCGUACUGGCAGUCUGACUAGCAGUGGAGCAGAAGUUGACAGUGAUGAUGAAGGAAGUAACAUUAGCUGCGAUUCUCUUAACAGCAGCGAACUCAAUGGGGAGACAUCCAUUGGUUCGGACGCAAGGCAUGAUAUUAAAGAAAUUCAAGAAUCCAGUAAGGUAAAUUCACCCCAGGUAGCAAAGGUAAUGGAAAAGACAGUGAAACCACCAAUCCCUCCCACACCUUCAAGGUCGAAUAUCCCUCCAGUUGAACACUCACUUCCACAAGGACUUCUAAAGGACAUCAGGGACCGUACAGCGAAACUAACUAUUGUUCCUUCACCAUGCAACACGCUCAUCAGGAAAUCAAGAACGUGGACAGAUGAUCUGUCCUCUAAAUCCAAACAGCGCGGUGAUCUGAAGAAUGGUAUUGAUGCCAGUAGCACUAAGUUGAAUGGCUCUGUGUUCAAAUACCAGAAUACCUCCCCCACCUCCACCUUGUCUACUUCAUCUGACGACCGUUCCAAAAAAUCUGUCGUGGAAGAAAAGACUUAUGAGGAAAGACAGAAGGAAACAGCCGAGAAACAACAAGCGUCAUCCAGAAAAUUAGUAAACAACGGUCAAAUUUUUGAUACCGAUCGGUUCUACACUUUUCAUCUCAACGAACACGCGACUGACAGUAAGGAAACCGUCCAUGGGCAGAACAUCGAGAGCGAGGAAACUUUCGCGGGAUUCAGAGAUUUACUUCAGGGCAAGGAGUCGUCUUCAACCAUCCGCAGUUCCAAGGGAACAGUACGAGGGGUGAAGAACAGAGUCCGGGCAGGCAUAGCCACUUUCCUUCAGUUCCACGACACCAAGAACUACAAGAAGGAGGAGGCCGGCAAAGUAGUUGUCUACACUACCACAAUGGGAGUUGUGCGCGAAACUUACCAGGACUGCGUGCUCGUGAAGAAGAUUCUGCGCAACUUGAUGGUGAAAUAUGAAGAACGUGACGUCUUCAUGAGCAGAGAGACACAGACAGAGAUCCGUGAACGCAUGGGCUCUGACGUCAUCAUUGUGCCCCAGGUCUUCGUUGAAGGCCAACACAUUGGGGUGAGUAUCUGCAAU